AGGAAGAUAGAUGUAGGAAUUGUACUGUAUGUUCUUUAUUUUAUGAUACAUGUAUUUUGACUUUGUAACCUUUACUGUGUAUGACCUUUGAGUGUUGUUUAAAAACUGCUAGGAGGAGGGUGCAGAGAUCGAGCUGCAAGAUUUCAUGCCCAAGGAAGUCACAUUUCCUUUCUCUUGCUUGUUUAACAAUAAGUGGACCUUUAUCUCGAGAGGCCUGGAGUUUACAUCAAUGAGAGCAGUUUCACAAGGAACCACUUCCAUCUUCCAGUUAUUUUUUUACUGCAUAGCUAUCCAAGAUGAAGCUAAUCCUGAAAAUCUCCUUCACCUUCACACUGUUCUACACAGUAGCAGACACACUACAGUGCUACACUUGCGAGUCUGAUGAGUGCAGCGAAGCAACGUUGGAGUUGUGUUCUAGGGGAGAGGUGUGUUCCACUAGGACAACAGUAUUUGGUGAUUUAGAAGAAACUCGGGAGCCCUUUCACUUUAAAGUCACUGUAAAGUCACUUUUACCCCCCCGUCAGGCACCAGAGUCUCUAAGGAUUGCACCACGAGAGAGGAAACCUGUGUAUUCAUGGAUGCAACAACAAGAACCUCAAUCAGUGGUGGAUACACACACACCUCCAACGCCGCGUACUGCUGCAGCACGGACGGCUGCAACAAGAAUACUCUCCCAGUGCUCAGUGACAAGCCCAAUAAACUACAAUGUUACACCUGCAAGACUAAAGGGGAUCAAGUCUGCAACACAGUUGUACAAUGUGUUGGAGUUGAAGACCACUGCUUCAAAUAUACAGUGCCCGUUGGUGAUGGAAGUAAUGAUGGACGACACCUGGGCUGUGCCUCUGCUGAUGUAUGCCGCUGGUCUGAGACAUCCCCCUCUACGCCUAACUUCAACUGUUGUGAAGGGAGUCUCUGUAACAAAGCCACGGGGAUUGGACUGAGUGCUCUCCCUCUUCUGCUGGGACUCCUCAUCUCACUGGCCUAGUUAGUGGGAGGAUUCAUGGUAAUCCCAACCGUUAAGAGUGAUGUGUGUCCACAAGAUCAGGAAAUGUUGGAGAUUAAUUUGUUCGUAGAAAUUAGGAAGGAUGAUGAUUUGUAUAAGGCUUUUAAUUCAAAUAAAUAGUAAAAAGUAGGCCGUUUUAAUAUCUUUAAUUUGGCACUCUACUCUGUAAUGGGAUAUGAUUUUAACAUCACUGUAUUUUAUAAAUGCUUAUUAUCACUAUACCACUGCAGUGUAUGUUACAUAAUGUAUAGUACAAAGCUCAAGGUUGCACCCUUCCUCUCUCAUAGGGCCCGAUCAGGCCUUUCCUACGCACUUCUCAGUAGUUGGUAUUCAGACUUACCUUAUGAAGGUGCAUAACGGGCCUUGCAGGUGUGGUUUCCUUGCGCACACUGAGUAAACAAAUGUAAUUCAGCUGCUGAAAACCCUCCCACUUGCUGGCCAAUAUAUUUUCUCACAGAGUUUUCAUUCAGUAGGUUUUUCAGUACAUUUAUCUUCAGCAAUUCCGUUAAAACCAUAACUUUUUGGGUGACUCGACCAAAUUCACAUAGACAUGUGAGUUAUAGAUCUUUCAUUCCCAUUGAAAGCAAGUCUAAGAAGCAGUAGAUCUGUUCUAGGUGUACUAUUUCUAUGCUUCCCGUUCUGAAGUUCCAUUUUUGCAUCAUUUAUUUUUGGUUUUGUAUACCACUUUCAUACAGCUGAAUAUGCAAUAUCUUUGGUUAUGGAAAAUAUAUUUCACAGUGGUUUAGAUUGUACAAUGAUUAUCUACACAAUGACUGCUUGUUAUGUCACAUUAACUGAAAUUCCGAGAACUAUUUGAUUUUUUGCAAACAGCAAAUGGCGGAGUGAUCUUUGCACAGGGUGUCUUUACGGUGUGCCUUUAAGUAUAAUUUUGUGGACAGACUAGAGUGUCACGCCUUGGUCUUAGUAUUUUGUGUUUUCUUUAAUUAUUUGUUCAGGCCAGGGUGUGACACGGGGUUAUUGUAUUGUCGUAUUGGGGAUUUUGUAGGCAUUGGGAUUGUGGUUGAUUA